CCGGGAGUGCCGAAGGUGAGUUACGUGCGCGUGUUGCCGCGGAGUGUCGUUAAAUAGCUGCGGGAAGUGAAUAUCGUGGAGUGAGCGAAUCGUCGAAAUAUCGAGCAAAGUUUUGCGCGUUCGCCCCGUAACGACCGUUCGGGUGCGCACGGCUGAGUUCCACGUUUCCGACACACUGCGCGAAUCUCGCACGCGAAAUACGUCGAAUCGUUAAACAUCGAGAUAUGGCGUAACAUCCCUCAAUAUUCGCCGCAAGUAGCCGUUAUUCAUCAGGAAUGCUGAGUCAAGUUUCGUGAGCUUUCUUUUCCAUCAUGGCGGAUUUCUUAAAACGGUCGGUUCGGGUGGAAUAUUGUGAUUGGUGCGUACGCGAAUGGUAUAUGUUCAGCGAGCUAUAUAAUGUGAAAAAUUACCACCGUCGCGCUAGUAGUGUAGCGGAUGCACGCUCAAUGUGCGUGAGUUCCGGAAAUAGCUCGCGCUUCUUUUCCGUGAGUCCGAAUUGCCAAAAAUGAGUUUCACGCGUGUAUUCGUCGGAAGUACCGAAGGUAGAUUUCACGUGUUGGUCACGGCAAAGUAUCGUUAAGCAGUCAUAGAAAGCGAAUGUCUCGCGAAAUUGUAUCGUCGGGAAUGCCGAGUAAAGUUCCAUGAGUGUGUCGCGUAAUCGCAGUACAAGUCGCUGCUCUACGUUUUCGACUCUCCGAAGGAGAGAGUCUCGAAUAAGUGUUAAAAUGCUUGCGCUUGUGCGAUGCUCCGUGUUGUGUUUGCGCAAAGUUGCGCUAAAAGUGUGUUGCAAAGAAAUAGCGUUAAGUGCCUUUGGAUAUAUUUCAUCAGGAUACUCAUUGGAUAUAUCUCAUCAGAAGGAACUUCAGGAGCUGUGCAAACAUGAGUGGCAAACGGACCAGAAGUUUUAAGUGCGCCGUGCACCAUCGGGACCGCGAGGUCUGCUCCGAGAACGAUUUCCACCUGCUCGUGCAUGAGCCGCCUCUGUUUCGCAGGAUGGUCCGCAUGAUCGGCGAUGAGUUCCUCACGGAAGAGCGGGACCGAAAAUACUACGCCGAUCACUACACGUGCUGUCCGCCGCCUCUCUUCAUCAUACUCAUCACUCUCGUGGAGUUGGGUUUCUUCACGUACUACACAGUGGCGAUGGGCGAGGUGAAUCCCUCGGGACCGGUGCCGAUCGACAGUGUCUUCAUUUACAGGCCGGACAAACGGCUCGAGCUCUGGAGGUUCGCCUUCUACAUGUUCCUGCAUGCCGGGUGGCUUCACCUGCUGUUUAACCUGGGGGUACAGGUGGUCGUGGGACUUCCCUUGGAAAUGGUUCACGGAAGCCUGAGGAUCGCCGCGGUUUACAUGGCUGGGGUUCUUGCCGGUUCGUUGGGCACGUCGGUGUUCGACACGGACGUAUACCUGGUCGGGGCGAGCGGGGGCGUUUACGCCCUCCUAGCGGCGCAUCUAGCCAAUGUCCUCCUCAACUACAACAAUAUGGAAUUCGGGAUAGUUCGGCUCAUCGGCAUCUUCGUCAUCGCGAGCGCCGACGUGGGAUUCGCGAUCUACGACAGGUACGCGGCGGAGCAGAUGGGCCCGCCGGUGUCGUACGUCGCCCACUUGACGGGCGCCCUGGCGGGCCUGACGAUCGGCCUGCUGGUGCUGAAGAACUUCGAGCAGCGACUGCACGAGCAACUACUCUGGUGGGUCGCCCUGGGUGUUUACGCUGCGUGCACGAUUUUCGCGAUCAUGUACAACCUGAUGCAUCCGGACUAUCCAUGACGCGAGGUCAGCUUCGCGUACGGCCAACCGAGGCACACGUAACGCGAAGCUGAUUAUCCCCGGCAGCAGAGGAAGAAGAAGAAGAAGAAGAAGAAGAAGAAGAAGAGCAUGAGGAAGAGGAGGGGCAGCAGAGCUCGACGGAGGAAGCGAGGGCGAGCGCUAUCGAUGUCGAGCGUCAUCGAGGAGAAUCGCCGAGUGUCGCGGCGACGUCUUCUCGAUAACGCACCCGACCGUGAGCCGGAUCGUCCUCGAGAUAUCGCCGACGAGGCUGACCCCGACGACGACGACGACGACGACGACGACGACGACGACGUGAGUGAAGAGAACGAGAGACACGCGGUGAUGACGUCUUCAGGCUCGACCGUCGUCCUCCCUCGUCGGCCGGCAGAACGUGACUUUGAUCGGCCAGCAGCGCGUCGUGAGGAUCGCCAAGUGAUAGUUUCGUAGCACAUAUUUUCUUCCACAGGCCGGCCUGUUCGCGCGCUCGCGGCAGCGAGAAGAGAAGAGAGACCCGAGCGAGCUACUUCCGCUGAGAGGAAGCCGAAGAAAACGAUGCGCGCACGUCUCGCCUUCUCGCGGGCUCUCGAGGACUGCUCGGCCCGCAAUUCCGCAGGAGCCGCCCGCACAUGACCCCGUCGAGGCGGAACGCGGAUGAUGCGCGCGAUCGCGAGGAAUGGACGUCGUCGUGGCGGCGGCCGCGUCGUCCUGCGCGUCCCCGCGAUCCUGGCGAGUAGAGAUGCGCGUCGUUCUCGGCGGACGACGACACGGUGCACGGAGGAGCUGAGGAGGACAUCUCACACCGUCUUCGAGGGAGGAAGAGGAAGCAUUCGAGGAGGGGGAGGAGCCGCGCGAUCGCGAACCUAGUCGUCCCAUCCCGUCGCGCGCUCCGCCGCAUUUCCGAAGAGAAGAACCAAAGAACCGAGCCGGAGACGAGAUCGGCCGGUCGGCCAGACAGACAGCUAGACAGCCGCACGGAAACUCUCCCAGAGAAGGACACUUCUACCCGAAUAAGACGGGAGGGGGGGGGGGGAGAGAGCAAGAAGGCGAUGAAGAUUCGCUCUCGCGACUUCCAUCGCUCGUCUAUUUCCGCGCGACGCCGGCCGCUGUCGUCCCCGGGAAAACCAAAGAAUCAUACUCAACCGCGAACGACGCCCACCAUCCUUUGUCUUCGACGAUGCUUAGGAAGAAGUCGAAGAGGAAGAAAAAGAUGAGAGAUGGACAGGAAGAAGUUUCCUCGCUCGGCAAGGUGAGAGGGGCGCAGAAAGAAAGGGACCAGAAGACGGGAAGAUUGGACAACAACAGCAGCAGUAGUAGAAACAUCCAAGUGGAGCAGCAGAAGCCAGGUGGAAGAGCGGGAGGACGUCCCUCGGGACCUAAUGGAUCCUUCGCGGCCGAUGAAACAUUGUACAAAUGACCACGGCGGAGAGGCGGACGAGAUGACGACGACGACGACGACGACGACAACGAUGACGCAGAGACAAAAAGCAGCCGAGCUUUUUGCUAGGUCUUCGGCGGACAUCUCAUCGACACCCCGUCCCGGAACCAUCGACUCGGAGGACUCGCGAGGCGCACACGAGGAGAGGAGGAGCAAAGUCGCACGAAACUCAACAAGGAGUCUCACCCUGCCGGGGGAUUUCCCCCGAGCGCGAAGCGAAUCGGCUGCGAAGCGACGGGAAGGGGCCAACACCCUGCGGGAGAUCGAAGAGCGAUGAGCGGAAGAGGAGGAUCGCUAAUUGAUUGCUAAUUCGUCGAGAUAGCGCUGCAGUUCGAAUUGCAGAAACAAUUGGGAGGUGUCCGUGAGGAAAAAGCGGCGUGGCGGCGUGAGGCGAUUUAUGAGACGCACCUCAGACGAUUAGUUUCUUCGGAUCGCGAUGUCAGCACCGCGCGGAGGAGCGACGCGAGUUACGCGCGCACGGCAGGAGGAGAGAAUUCAUUCGGAAGUAGAAAAGUUUGCUUUUUAGCUGGCGUUCCUCUUCGACUUUCGUACUUGUAGUUACCGGGCGCUCGCGCUCCGCGCUCGUUUUUUCCCCCCCACGGACGCCUCGUAACCACUCUGUGUCGAGUCCUAUCCUAUCUGUUGUUAUUCUCGUUAGUGCGCUCACCAGAAGUCGCGGUCUCGCGCGUAGAGAGGAAAAGAGAGAGAGAGAGAGAGAGAGAGAGAGAGAGAGAGAGAGAUAUGCAAACGAAGAAAUCGCAACGAGGACUCGUUACCAUUUCAUCAUUACACGCGCAUAUAUCGUGAGAUCGAUCACUAGUAAGAGAGCGCGCAAAUCCAGCGGGUCAUAAAGCUCAUAGCCGAGUGGCCGUUACAUUUUUCCCCGCGUCAUCGUUAGCAAAGCCAGCAUGCGAGUCCUCCGCGGAGGAGACAACAAAAGACCGAAAAAAGAAAGGGAGAAAAAAGAAUACUCGCGAAAAUCAAAACCCACUCUGACUGACCGACCGACGCGCGACGGAGCGGCAGGAACGCCUAUCAGUGUGAAGAGAUUUAUUUACGAUUUCUAAACAAACUCGGAAGAACGGGAAAGGAGAUGCUGUGGUAUCAGUCACUCCGGUUGGUCGACAUUGGCGUCGUAAUUGGAAUAAAUCUUCUCAAUUCAGUGACAAUAUUUUUGAAAUUAAAUCGUUUCUCUCUUUCAAUGGUAUAAGUCGCGAUGGAGGGAAUUUACUCCAGUCGUAACGUUAUUGACAAAAAAAGUUGCUGGUUGUCCUUCUUUAUUUAUUUAUUUAUUUUUUUUUUUAUGAUUCUCGGAACGCAUCCGUCUUGUCCAGCGGAAGUUGGGAAACAAAUUCUCCCAUUGUACAAGACGGAUACGUUCCGAAACUCGCGCAAAAAAUAGCGGACAACUUAUCCGUCCGCGCGCGCGAUUGAGCGCUUGGCUGUCAAGGUGACCGAUUCGCGAUCCGAAGCAACACUUCGCAGUCGCUUCGGACCUGCCGGCUCGUCCGGCGUUUCCGAAACACCGUGUAUACGAUGCGAAUCGAAUGGCGCUCGAAACGCUUCGGACGCGUUCCGCAUCGCGCGUUAUCGUUGGCGUGGUCGGCGUGUUUUCAGCCCGAGCCCGAGGGAGGAAGGGAGGAGAGAGGAUGGCUUCCGGCUGCCUCCCCCUGCCCGCGACGGGUGUAAUAAUGCGUAAUGUAACGGCGACCGAGGCCAGGACACAAAACAUCGGCGACAGCGGUCGCGACAACCGGUCGGCCGACCUGUCGCUUUUUGGCCGCAGCUCGCGCUUUCGACAACGGCCGCUCGUUAAUAUCCUCGCGGAAUCCCCCCGACGGCGUUAUCUGCUCGCGCGAUCAUUAACGCGCAUUAAUUGUAUACCGAAUGUAAAUAGCUGUAUAUAACGUAGGGACGCGCCGUUUGUGUGCGUGCGUGUGCGUGUGUGUAUCAAGCGCGAACGAGCGCGAGCGAGCGAGAAGAGGCGAGAGGAGGCGCGCGGGGGUGAAACGUGCGGCGGGAGGAGGGAGGGGGGGAAGGGAGGAUAGAGGAGGAGAAGACGGAAGGAAAAGACGUCGAGUCGGGUCACAGUCUAGUCGUUUCGCGUCGUUGUCUCGUAAGUACAUACAUAAUUAUACAUAUUGUAUUUAAACGGAAGAGAGGGGAGCCGCACAUUCUCGGGAGAGCACGCUUAGUGUACAUAGUCAUACACACACACAUACACAUGUAGACACACACACACACACAUACACAUACACACAGGACACACACGUACACGAAAGAUAUGUUCCUCACACCUCUGAUUAAUUUAUCAUCGCGCCGUCGUUCCCGAAGUCGUCGGAUCGAGCGACCGCCUCUGCGACGUCUACAACCCAAGCGAUAUCUAUAGUAUCGAUAGCUCGUAUCCAAGCGACGCCGUUUAGCGUCAAUUUGUGGCUGUCCGAUGGCCCGUCCGGGCGGUUUCGCCGCGCAUUUGGCCGUAAAUAGUUAUGGCCGUCUGAUGUCCGUUGAAGGGAUAUUUAUCCCUUUCGCGGGAGCCUCGUUCGGCUCAAUCGAUCGCGAAUCGAAUCGAGGAUCGCGCAGAUACCUGCCCCUGUGCGUACGAGGUCGUUGCAGUUGGGGAAAGGACGUGGGAUAGAAACAGAGAGGCACUUUCCUUUCUCUGUAGAAUCGAAAAGAAUACUGAGUAAUGAGAUAGUUUGAAAUUUUUUUGAAUCACGAGUGCUAGUUUUUCUUUCUUUGUUUUCUUCUUUUUAAUUUUCCGCAGUCAUCGAGCAAGGUAGUUGUAGCUUUUGAAGAAAGAGAGGAAAAGAGAAAGAUAUGUAAGUAACAUUUUCGAUUUGGCAGAGGGAAGAUACGCAUUAAUCAUCUCCGAUCUGCAAAUCUGCCCUUCGUGGAACCGCCAAAGAUAACACGACGAGUUAAUUGGAAUUUGCGCGAAUCUUUCGUUUUGUCGGUCGAUUAAAGAAUCACAAACGUUCGUUUCCGCUGUCGGGCAAGGGGAUUCUACUAAUUGAAGGAAGAAAGAAAGACGCGCAUGCACAGAGAAUGUCCUACGUAUUCGACGAGCCUGUUUCUUUGUAAAAUCGCGGAAGACAGUAGGACGAAUUGUAAAAAAAGAUACGUGGUGAACAUUCGGCGAGUGAGAAAGCACGUCGAGAGCGUUAAGCACGGCCGCGAAUACAAACCGAAGUCUGUAUAGCUAGUUCAGAUAACGCGUCUCUCCAGCGUACACGUUGUUUAGUUUGCCGACGAUAACCCGACGCACUGCCUAUUUUGUAAUACGACUUAACGCGCGCGCGACCUCGUCAGGACGAGCGAGAAGAAGAGGAAAAUACGCGGGUCGCGCGCGCGUCGCGAAUUCCGUUUCGAACGAGCGGACGUCGGCGUUUUCCCCGCUCCACGCUUUUCCGGGCGGGAAAGCCCGACGCCUGUCGCGCAUUCGACUUUGUGUGUGUUCUUGCGUAAAGUAGUGAUUAAUUAACGAUUAAUUAAUUACCGCGUCGUGCGAUUCGUAACGCGAGACCUACCUAUCUGCCCUGCCGCGAAGAAAUCCCAUAUUUAUUUCCCCAUAAGAAGAGAAUCACAGCUGUCGUCGUUCGCGGGUCCCAGUUUCCUCUCUCUCUC